CUCCCCAGGCUGCCCUCGGUGUGGGCGCCCCGGCGCGUGCCCACCAUGCCCGUGGUCGGAGUCCUGCUCUGGGCCACCCUGCUGACUCUGGGCUGGCGGGCUGCCCACCCCAAGGACCACGGCCUCGCUACCCCCAGGGUGCAGCUCUCCUUCAAAGAGCUGAAGGCCACGGGCACAGCACACUUCUUCAACUUCCUCCUCAACUCCAGCGACUACCGCAUCCUGCUGAAGGAUGAGGACCACGACCGCAUGUACGUGGGCAGCAAGGACUACGUGCUGUCGCUGGACCUGCACGACAUCAACCGCGAGCCCCUCAUCAUCCAUUGGCCCGCGUCCCAGCAGAGGAUCGAGGAGUGCAUCCUGUCAGGCAAGAACAGCAAUGGGGAGUGUGGCAACUUCAUCCGCCUGAUCCAGCCCUGGAACCGGACACACCUCUACGUGUGCGGCACCGGCGCCUACAACCCCAUCUGUGCCUUCGUCAACCGCGGGCGCAAAGCCCAGGGGUUCCCGCCGAGCCAGCCGGGAGGCCGGGGAAGCAGCUCCACCGACAGCCCCCUCAGCCCGAGACCAGCACAGAGCAAGGAUUAUAUCUUCUACCUGGAGCCAGACAAGCUGGAGUCGGGCAAGGGGAAGUGUUCCUACGACCCCAAAGUAGACACUGUCUCUGCAUUAAUAAAUGAGGAGCUUUAUGCUGGUGUGUACAUCGACUUCAUGGGCACGGACGCGGCCAUCUUCCGCACCAUGGGCAAGCAGACAGCCAUGAGGACAGACCAGUACAACUCCCGCUGGCUCAACGACCCAGCCUUUGUCCGUGCCCAGCUCAUCCCUGACAGCAGCGAGAGGAAUGAUGACAAGCUCUACUUCUUCUUCCGAGAGAAGUCGGCUGAUGCCCCGCUGAGUCCUGGGGUCUAUUCCCGCAUCGGGCGCAUCUGCCUGAAUGACGAUGGGGGCCACUGCUGCCUUGUGAACAAGUGGAGCACCUUCCUGAAGGCCCGGCUGGUCUGCUCUGUGCCGGGACCCGAUGGAAUUGAAACGCACUUCGACGAGCUCCAGGACGUCUUCAUCCAGCAGACUCAGGACACCAAGAACCCUAUUAUCUACGCUGUGUUCUCUGCUUCAGGGUCGGUCUUCAAAGGCUCUGCUGUGUGUGUCUACUCGAUGGCUGACAUCCGCAUGGUCUUCAACGGGCCCUUUGCCCACAAGGAGGGACCCAACUACCAGUGGAUGCCCUACACAGGAAAAAUGCCCUACCCCCGCCCAGGCACCUGCCCUGGGGGGACCUUCACCCCGUCCAUGAAGUCGACCAAGGACUACCCCGACGAGGUGAUCAACUUCAUGCGCGCGCACCCGCUGAUGUUCCACGCCGUGUACCCCACGCACCGCCGGCCGCUGGUGCUGCGCACCAACGUCAACUACCGCUUCACCACCGUGGCCGUGGACCAGGUGGACGCGGCAGACGGGCGCUAUGAGGUGCUUUUCCUGGGCACAGAUCGGGGCACCGUGCAGAAGGUCAUUGUGCUCCCCCGGGAUGACAUGGAAACAGAGGAGCUCAUGCUGGAGGAGAUUGAAGUGUUCAAGGUGCCAGCCCCCAUCAAGACGAUGACCAUCUCCUCCAAGAGGCAACAGCUGUAUGUGUCCUCGGCCGUAGGCGUGACGCACCUGGCGCUGCACCGCUGCGACGUGUACGGGGAGGCCUGUGCCGACUGCUGCCUGGCACGGGACCCCUACUGCGCCUGGGACGGCAGCGCCUGCACCCGCUACUCCGCCUCCUCCAAGAGGCGCAGCCGGCGGCAGGACGUGCGGCACGGCAACCCCAUCCGGCAGUGCCGCGGCUACAACUCCAACGCCAACAAGAACACGGUGGAGGCCGUGCAGUACGGGGUGGAGGGCAGCACGGCCUUCCUGGAGUGCCAGCCCCGCUCGCCCCAGGCCAGCAUCAAGUGGCUGCUGCAGAAGGACAACAGCGACCGGCGGAAGGAGGUGCGCGUAGAGGGCCGGGUGCUGCGCACGGAGCAGGGCCUGCUGCUGCGCGCCCUGCAGCUCAGCGACAGCGGCCUCUACUCCUGCACCGCCACCGAGAACAACUUCAAGCACACGGUGACCAAGGUGCAGCUCCGCGUCCUCAGCAGCCGCGCCGUGCACACCGUGCUGGUCCAGGCAGAGAGCCCGGCCCCCGGCCUGCCCGGCGCCCCCACUCCCCGCUACCAGGACCUGCUGCAGCUCCUCAGCCAGCCUGAAAUGGGACUGCUGGACCAGUACUGCCAGGGCUACUGGAGGCACACGGCCGCCAGCCCCCCGCAGCCGCUGGCCGGCCUCAAAGCCAAGGAGCAGCAGGAGCAGAAGAAGCCUCGGAACCGCCGGAAUCACCAGCCAGAGACCUAUGGGCAUACAUGAAACCGUCAUCAGGGACUUUGCUAGCACAGUGGUCUAUUUUUCCCCCCUUUUAAUAUUAAAAAUAUCUAUAAAUAAAUAUAUAUAUAUAUAUA